AGAGCUUGAUAGAAAGAAACCCUAACUAUAACCCUAAAACUCCAUGGCCAUCUCCAACUCCAAGCUUGCAAUCUGCUUAGCAUGCAUCAUGGCACUAGCCAUGGCAGGCCAUACAGUGGCUCAAAGCUCACCAGAUGACUACGUUAAUGCCCACAACUCAGCUCGUAGCGAAGUCGGUGUCGGUCCGGUGACAUGGAACGAUACCGUGGCCGCCUAUGCACAGAACUACGCCAACCAAAGAGCCAAUGACUGUCAGCUCAUCCAUUCAAAUGGACCUUAUGGUGAGAACCUCUUUUGGGGUUCUGGGGCUGAUUACAGUGGAGUUGAUGCAGUGAAUGCAUGGGUCUCUGAAAAGCAAGACUAUGAUUAUAAUAGCAACACUUGUGCUGAAGGAAAGGUGUGUGGGCAUUACACUCAGGUGGUAUGGAGUAACUCAAUAAACAUUGGUUGUGCUCUUGUGGUGUGUAACAAUAAUGCUGGCAUCUUCAUCAUCUGCAGCUAUUUCCCUGCUGGGAAUAUAGACGGAGAGCGCCCUUACUAAGACCUUAUAUAUAUAUAUAUAUAUUUAUAUAUAUAAGAUGUCCUAUAUUUGUCUCUGUGUCUGUGUUUGUGGUAUUACAUAUGGAUGUCAAGAAUGAUAAGCCUGGUUUAAUUUGUAA